AUGGGAAUUAAAGGCCUCACGAAGUUUCUUGCGGAUAAUGCUCCAAAAAGUAUCCAAUACCAAACAAUUGGCUCAUUAUUAGGAAAAAAGGUAGCAGUAGAUGCUAGUAUGUGGAUUUAUCAAUUUUUAGCAGCAAUUAGGGAAGGUAGCCAAUGGGGUAACUUAACGAAUUCUUCAGGGGAAUCUACAAGUCAUAUAAGCGGAAUGCUUUCGAGAACCACCAGAUUGCUGGAAGCAGGAAUAAAACCUGUUUUUGUUUUUGAUGGUACUCCCCCGGAAAUGAAGAAGGAUGAAUUGGCGAAAAGAGAUGAAAGAAGAGAGAAAGCGCUUGCUGAGUUGGAAAAAGCUCAAGAAAUGGGGGAUGGAGAACUGAUCAAAAAGCAGUCAAUUAGAACUAUUCAUGUAACAAAAAAACAAAUAGAAGACGUUAAAAAACUUUUGAAUUUUCUCGGAAUGCCCUAUAUAGAUGCUCCAUCGGAGGCCGAAGCACAAUGUGCAGAACUUUGCAAAGAUGGUCUAGUUUAUGGAGUUGUCACAGAAGAUGCGGAUUCACUGACAUUUGGGACACCGGUACAAAUAAAACAAUUGAAUUUCUCAGAAUCUUCUUCAAAUAAAGUAAACGAUAAGUCUCCAGGUAAACAAAAGAAUGGUAUGCAAAUUAUCAAGUUACCUUUAAUCCUUUCUGAGCUUGAUAUUACUAUGGAACAGUUUAUUGAUCUUUGUAUUUUGAGUGGAUGUGAUUACUGUGGAACAAUAAGGGGAAUCGGAACAAACACAGCUUAUAAACUGCUUAAAAAACACCAAAAUAUUGAAAAAAUUUUACAAAACAUUGACAAAACCAAAAAUCCUGUACCAGAAAACUUCGAAUUUUCAAAGGUGAGAGACCUCUUUAAAAAACCGAUAGUGACAAAAAGGAACGAAUUGGAAGAAUUAAUAAAGUGGUCAAGUCCCAAGUAUGAAGAACUUACAGACUGGCUCGUUAAGGAACAAAAUUUCAGUGAAGCUAGAGUCACAAGUUAUUGUGAAAGAAUCAGGAAAAGCAGAAGUAAGACUUCGCAAACAUGUCUGGACGGUUUCUUCAAAUCUAAAUCAAAUGAAAGAAAAAUGUCUCAUGAAACCCCCCUCUCCAAAUUAUCUCAGUCUGAAAAACCAAAGGAAAAAACUUGUACAGGAGUCAAUUCUUCUUUGAAUCGCGAUACAAAGAAGGUCAAAAUAGAAGAAUGUAGAAUUUCCAGCGAGUGGGGAGUUCCUAUAUCUAAGAGCUCCAACGAUAAAACUGAAAAAGGUGAUUUCGGGGGCAAAUCCGAAACUCAUAAUGAAACUAAGGAAUUCCAGAUUAAUAAAGGCAAAGAAAACAAAGAACAUGAAUCUUCAACCGUAGAGAACACUCCAUUAAAAACAAAAUCACCUGAACUUUCGAAUAGGCCAGUUAAAAGAAAGCUAAACAGAUUAAUCGAUGAAAGUAACGAAGAUUAA